AUGGAACUGAGAUCGAUAUAUUCCUUGAUUCUGAUUAUUCUGGCGGAGACGACAGCGAGUGUUUACAACUCAUCCGCAAACAUGAACAUGCAACGAAAUCUCAUUCAAGAGCGAAAAGGCCACUCUGAAGUGUCAUCAGCAAUGGGAAUGCCAGCAGCAACGUCAGGAUCGAUCGAGAUUCAGUCUGCACAAAAGACAGUCUUAUCUUCAAUCGGAUAUUUGAAAUCUAUCAAAUGGCACAUAACCGAUACGAUACUUGCGAAACGUAUCAGUGCGCAUCGUUUCGAAUACGCCAAUAUUGUCACACCGAAACUGGUAUAG